UGCUGAAAGCCUCCUAUCUUCUACAGCUGAAGUAUCCUUUGCUUUUCAUCACCCUCUGAUUUUUGUCUUCUGCGGCUGGAUUUUUGGCAGUUUGGCUUAAGCAAAUAGGAUUACAUUUCAGUAGCUGAUGGUUUCUAGUCAAGGAACAUACUAAAUGUCAGACGUAAUGAAGAUUGUACAAAGAGAUGUUUCUGUGAAGCACAGGAAAAUUAUUCGAGUCGAGCAAAGGAAGAAAUUCUGCAAAUGCAAUCAGGGCUGCUAGAAAUGCAAAAUUCAACAGAUUUGGAAUGGGUUGUACUACAAGUGUGGUUCUGUUUAAAGGCAUUCGUACAGUUUUUGAGAGGAACUGUGGUUAUAUUUGUAAACAGCAAGGGGAAAACAAUGCCCUUGAAUACACAGCAUUCAGCUUGCCAAGUGAAGAUUCAGGAAUAUUGAUUCAUUCAUCCCUGGCAAAACCAAAGCUCAUAGAACCAAUAGACUACGAAAAUGUCAUCGUUCAAAGGAAAACGCAGAUUUUGAAUGAUGGUUUACGUGAAAUGCUACUAUUCCCUUAUGAUGACUUCCAGACAGCGUUAUUGAAACGGCAGAGUCGAUACAUCCGUUCAACAGUUCCUGAAAAUGCAGAGAAGGAAGCUCAAAGCUUAUUUGUAACUGAGUGCAUCAAAACCUACAAUUCAGACUGGCAUGUUGUUAACUAUAGAUUUGAAGAUUACUCGGGAGAGUUUCGGCAGCUUCCAACUAAAGGGACGAAAUCUGAGAAGCUUCCAGUUCAUUUAUAUGAGGUGGAUGAAGAAGCAGAUAAAGAUGAGGAUGCAGCAUCUCUUGGGUCUCAGAAGGGUGGAAUAACAAAACAAGGAUGGCUGUACAAAGGCAACAUGAAUAGUGCAAUCAGUGUGACCAUGAGAUCAUUUAAAAGAAGAUUUUUCCACUUAAUCCAACUUGGUGAUGGAUCCUAUAAUCUCAAUUUCUACAAAGAUGAAAAAAUAUCGAAAGAACCUAAAGGAUCAAUCUUUCUAGAUUCAUGCAUGGGUGUGGUUCAGAACAAUAAAGUCAGACGUUUUGCAUUUGAGCUCAAGAUGCAAGACAAGAGUAGUUACCUUUUAGCUGCAGAUAGUGAACUUGAAAUGGAAGAAUGGAUAAACACACUGAACAAAAUCCUACAGCUUAACUUCGAGGCUGCAAUGCAAGAAAAAAGAAAUGGAGAGUCUCAUGAAGAUGAUGAACAAAGCAAAAUGGAAAGCUCAUCAAGUAGUUUUGAUAACUACUAUCCUGAAAUUGCCAAGACUACCAGAGAAGCAGAAAUCAAGUUGAAAAGUGAAAGCAGAGUUAAACUUUUUGCCUUGGAUCCAGAUGCCCAGAAACUUGACUUUUCUGGUAUUGAACCAGAAGCGAAGCCAUUUGAAGAGAAAUUUGGAAAGAAAAUCCUUGUGAAGUGUAAUGACUUAGCUUUUAAUUUGCAAAGCUGUGUUGCAGAAAAUGAGGAAGGACCAACAACAAAUGUAGAACCUUUCUUUGUCACAUUAUCGCUGUUUGAUAUUAAAAACAACCGGAAAAUUUCAGCAGAUUUCCAUGUUGAUUUGAACCACGCCUCGGUAAGGCAGAUGAUAUCCAGUUCAUCUCAACAAAUGAUGAAUGGCAGCCGUGACAGCUUACAUAGAAUUCAGGACAUUCAUGAAACUGUGUUACAAUAUCCAAAGCAGGGAAUAUUCUCAGUCACAUGUCCUCAUACUGACAUCUUCCUUGUGGCUAGAAUAGAAAAAGUACUACAGGGAAGUAUUACACAUUGUGCUGAACCAUAUAUGAAAAGUUCAGAUUCUUCAAAGGUUGCACAGAAAGUUUUGAAGAACGCUAAGCAGGCAUGCCAGAGAUUAGGUCAAUAUAGAAUGCCUUUUGCCUGGGCAGCUAGGACGCUGUUUAAAGAUGCCUCAGGAACCCUGGAUAAAAAUGCAAGAUUUUCUCCUCUCUUCAGACAAGACAGUAACAAACUUUCAAAUGAAGACAUGCUGAAAUUGUUAGCAGAUUUCAGGAAACCUGAAAAGAUGGCCAAACUUCCUGUUAUUUUAGGAAAUCUGGAUGUUACGAUUGAUAAUGUGUCACCAGAUUUUCCAAAUUAUGUUAACUCAUCAUACAUUCCCAUGAAACAGUUUGAAAAUAGUACCAAGGCACUAAUAACGUUUGAAGUAGAGGAAUUUGUUCCUUGUAUACCAAAACACACUCAGCCUUUCACCAUCUACAACAAUCAUCUUUAUGUUUAUCCAAAGCACUUGAAAUAUGACAGUCAGAAAUCUUUUGCAAAGGCAAGAAAUAUUGCAGUAUGCAUUGAAUUCAAGGAUUCUGACGAAGAGGAUUCUUUGCCCUUGAAGUGUAUCUAUGGUAGGCCAGGUGGACCGGUGUUUACUAGAAGUGCGUUUGCUGCUGUUCUGCAUCACCAUCAAAAUCCAGAGUUUUAUGAUGAGAUUAAAAUAGAAUUGCCCACUCAGUUACAUGAAAAGCACCAUUUGUUGUUCACCUUCUACCAUGUCAGUUGUGAUAAUUCAAGCAAAGGGAGUACAAAGAAGAAGGAUGUUGUUGAAACACAAGUUGGGUAUUCUUGGCUUCCUCUAAUAAAAGAUGGAAGAGUGGUGACCAAUGAGCAACACAUCCCAGUGUCAGCAAAUCUUCCAUCAGGCUAUCUUAGCUAUCAAGAAGUGGGGGUUGGAAAGCAUUCUGGUCCUGAAAUAAAAUGGGUGGAUGGAGGCAAACAGCUGUUAAAAAUAUCCACACAUCUGGUUUCAACUGUGUAUACUCAGGACCAGCACUUGCAUAAUUUUUUUCAGUACUGUCAGAAAACAGAGUCUGGAGCUCGUGCACUAGGAACCGAUCUUGUAAAGUAUCUUAAGAGCCUUCAUGCUAUGGAAGGCCAUGUGAUGAUCGCUUUCCUGCCGACUAUUCUAAACCAGCUCUUUAGAGUCCUCACUAGAGCGACUCAAGAAGAAGUUGCAGUCAAUGUGACAAGGGUUAUUAUCCAUAUUGUUGCUCAGUGUCAUGAAGAAGGUUUGGAUAGCUACCUGAGGUCUUAUGUCAAGUAUGCUUAUAAAGCUGAACCCUAUGUUGCUUCUGAAUACAAGACAGUACAUGAAGAAUUGACAAAGUCCAUGACCACAAUUUUAAAGCCAUCUGCUGACUUUCUUACAAGCAACAAGUUACUUAAGUAUUCAUGGUUUUUCUUUGAAGUUCUGAUAAAAUCAAUGGCUCAGCAUUUGAUAGAGAACUCUAAAGUGAAGCUGUUGCGAAACCAGAGAUUCUCCGCUUCCUUUCAUCACGCGGUGGAAACAGUUGUUAAUAUGCUAAUGCCACACAUCACGCAGAAGUAUAGAGACAAUCCAGAGGCUUCAAAGAAUGCAAACCAUAGCCUUGCUGCCUUUAUAAAAAGGUGUUUUACUUUUAUGGACAGAGGCUUUGUUUUCAAGCAAAUCAAUAACUACAUCAGCUGCUUUGCCCCAGGAGAUCCGAAGACUCUUUUUGAGUUCAAAUUUGAAUUUCUCCGUGUAGUCUGUAAUCACGAGCACUACAUACCUUUGAAUCUACCAAUGCCAUUUGGAAAAGGCAGAGUUCAGAGAUACCAAGACCUUCACCUGGACUAUUCAUUAACUGAUGAGUUCUGUAAAAAUCACUUCUUAGUGGGACUGCUUCUAAGGGAGGUGGGCAAUGCAUUACAAGAGUUCAGAGACGUGCGGCAGAUUGCUAUUAGUGUGCUCAAGAAUUUGAUGAUAAAGCAUUCUUUUGAUGAUAGAUACGCUUCCAGGAGCCAUCAAGCAAGAAUAGCCACUAUGUAUUUGCCGCUCUUUGGACUGCUCAUAGAAAAUGUACAGCGAAUUAAUGUUAAAGAUGUGUCUCCGUUUCCUGUUAACCCUUCCAGCAAUAGUGCAAAGGAUGAUGCACUUAAUUUGCCAACUGCAAGUCAGCUAGUAACACCACAAAAAUCAGGAAACACAUUGGAUAACAAUCUUCCUAAAGAUCUAUUUGGUGUUAUCUCUGGCAUUGCUUCCCCAUACACCACAUCAACUCCAAAUAUUAAUAGCGUGAGGAAUGCUGACUCAAGAGGCUCUCUUAUAAGUACAGACUCAGGAAACAGUCUUCCAGAAAGACACAGUGAAAAGAGCAAUUCCCUAGACAAGAAUCAACAGAGCAGCACUGUAGGAAGUUCUGUAGUUCGAUAUGACAAACUUGACCAAGCAGAGAUCAAAAGUCUGCUCAUGUGUUUCCUUCAUAUUUUAAGAAAUAUGUCAGAAGAUGCACUGUUUACAUACUGGAACAAGGCUACAAAAUCUGAACUCAUGGACUUUUUCACUAUUACAGAAGUAUGCUUACAUCAGUUCCAGUACAUGGGAAAGCGAUACAUAGCCAGAACAGGAAUGAUGCAUGCCAGAUUGCAGCAGCUGAGCAGCCUGGAUAACUCUCUCACUUUUAACCACAGCUAUGGCCAUUCAGAUGCAGAUGUUCUUCACCAGUCUUUACUUGAAGCAAAUAUUGCCACUGAAGUUUGCCUUACAAUUCUGGACACGCUGUCAUUGUUCACAAUGGCUUUUAAGAAUCAACUACUGACUGAUCAUGGGCAUAAUCCACUGAUGAAGAAAGUAUUUGAUGUAUACCUCUGCUUCCUUCAAAAGAAUCAGUCUGAAACAGCAUUGAAAAAUGUCUUCAUUGCUUUAAGGGCACUUAUUUUUAAGUUUCCAUCUACAUUUUAUGAGGGUAGAGCUGAUAUGUGUUCUGCACUGUGCUAUGAAAUUCUGAAGUAUUGUAAUUCCAAACUGAGUUCAAUUCGUACUGAAGCUUCACAGCUGCUGUACUUCUUAAUGAGAAAUAACUUUGAUUACACGGGGAAGAAGUCUUUUGUUAGGACACACCUGCAAGUUAUUAUUUCAGUAAGCCAGUUAAUUGCUGAUGUGGUUGGAAUUGGAGGAACUAGAUUUCAGCAGUCUCUUUCCAUCAUCAAUAAUUGUGCCAAUAACGACAGAAUUAUAAAGCACACUACAUUCCCUUCUGAUGUCAAGGAUUUAACAAAACGGAUUCGUACAGUCCUGAUGGCUACAGCCCAGAUGAAGGAGCAUGAGAACGAUCCGGAAAUGCUUGUAGACCUCCAGUACAGUUUGGCCAAGUCUUACGCUAGUACGCCUGAACUAAGGAAGACGUGGUUAGACAGCAUGGCAAGGAUCCAUGUUAAAAAUGGAGAUCUUUCCGAGGCAGCCAUGUGCUAUGUCCACGUAGCAGCGCUGGUUGCAGAAUACCUCACACGAAAAGGUAUGAUACAGCUUAAUGUUAUCCUGGUACAGAAAAGUGAAUUUGCCGUUUUUUAUUCUCCAAUGACAGGGAUGUUCAGGCAAGGUUGUACUGCCUUCAGAGUAAUCACACCUAAUAUAGAUGAAGAAGCUUCAAUGAUGGAGGAUGUUGGAAUGCAAGAUGUUCACUUCAAUGAAGAUGUGCUGAUGGAAUUGUUGGAGCAGUGUGCUGAUGGACUCUGGAAGGCAGAACGCUAUGAACUCAUCGCUGACAUAUAUAAACUUAUAAUACCCAUUUAUGAAAAACGGAGAGAUUUUGAGAGGCUUGCUCAUUUAUAUGACACUCUUCAUCGAGCGUACAGUAAAGUAACAGAAGUUAUGCAUACAGGCAAGAGACUGCUGGGAACUUAUUUCAGGGUAGCGUUCUUUGGGCAGGCAGCGCAAUACCAGUUUACAGACAGUGAAACAGAUGUUGAGGGAUUCUUUGAGGAUGAAGAUGGAAAGGAAUAUAUCUAUAAAGAACCUAAACUCACACCUCUCUCAGAAAUCUCCCAAAGACUCCAGAAACUCUACUCUGACAAAUUUGGAUCUGAAAAUGUCAAAAUGAUUCAGGAUUCUGGCAAAGUAAAUCCUAAGGAUUUAGAUUCAAAAUAUGCAUAUAUUCAAGUUACACAUGUAAUUCCAUACUUUGAAGAAAAAGAGUUGCAAGAAAGAAAAACAGAUUUUGAAAGGACUCAUAACAUUCGUCGCUUUAUGUUUGAGAUGCCUUUUACUCAAGCUGGUAAAAGACAAGGAGGAGUAGAAGAACAGUGUAAGCGACGGACUAUUUUGACAGCCAUACAUUGCUUCCCAUACGUGAAAAAGCGCAUUCCGGUAAUGUACCAGCACCACACUGAUUUAAACCCAAUUGAAGUAGCCAUUGAUGAAAUGAGUAAAAAAGUUGCAGAACUUAGGCAGCUUUGCUCUUCAGCUGAAGUAGAUAUGAUCAAAUUGCAACUGAAGCUACAAGGAAGUGUCAGUGUUCAG